CUUGGAGAUGCAGAUGAAGAAGAAAGACACCAUCUAGAAGCUGUAUUGUCAUUGCUUUUGACUUCGCUGCUCAUUAUGCUCCACCAGCUGGCGGAUCAGACUUUGAAUGGCAGCUGCCAGGCGGCCGCUUUACUGUGCAAUAAGAGCGCCGAUAAAGACGCGCUCCAGCUACCCACUUUCUCCACCGCGGCCAAAGUCCGAGUCAUCAUCACCUUCACCCUGUGCGUGGUGUCUGCCGUGUGCAACUUGGUCGUGCUGUGGGCAGCCAGCAACGGUGGCAAGCGCAAGUCGCACGUCAGGAUCCUCAUAAUGAACCUGACCGUGGCGGACCUGCUGGUGACUUUCAUCGUGAUGCCCGUGGACGCGGUGUGGAACAUCACGGUGCAGUGGCAGGCGGGAGACGUCGCCUGCAGGCUGCUGAUGUUCCUGAAGCUGGUGGCGAUGUACUCGUGCGCUUUUAUAACUGUGGUCAUUAGCUUGGAUAGACAGUCUGCCAUCCUCAAUCCCCUGGGCAUCAGCGAGGCCAAAAGGAAAAGCAAAAUCAUGUUGACUGUGGCCUGGACCAUGAGUGUGUUUCUCUCGCUCCCACAGAUGUUUAUAUUUCACAAUGUGACCAUCACAGUCCCAGAGAACUUCACCCAGUGCACCACCCACGGCAGCUUCGUCCAGCACUGGCAGGAGACCCUCUACAACAUGUUCACCUUUGUGUGUCUUUUCCUCCUGCCUUUGGUCAUCAUGAUCUUUUGUUACACACGCAUCCUCAUUGAGAUAUCCAGCCGCAUGGCCCGGGGGAAUUUGGUGUCCAGAGAUGUUCAUCUCCGCCGCUCCCACAACAACAUCCCUAAAGCUCGGAUGAGGACUCUUAAAAUGAGCAUUGUCAUUGUAACAUCAUUCAUCGUCUGCUGGACCCCAUACUACCUGCUGGGCCUGUGGUACUGGUUAUUUCCUGAAAAAAUGGAGGAAACAGUCUCUCAUUCACUGACUCAUAUGCUGUUUAUCUUUGGCCUAUUCAACGCCUGUCUAGACCCCAUCACUUAUGGGCUGUUUACCAUCCAUCUUCACCAGGGUGCAAAGAGAUGCUGUCCAACAUCAAACACACGGACUGAACUAGAAAACAACUCUUGUCUCGUACACAUGACUCGCCUGUCGCCUCAAAGGCAGAAAGCCUUGAGUGGCCAUAGUACAGACAAAGAGGAGGGAAGUGACAACAACAGCAUCAAAAGUGCCUCAAGGCUAAUCAUCCCAUUUAGCAAGAUAUAA